UCUUCUCUUACAGCUUUUUUUUUUUUUUUUUAAAAAAAAAUUUUUUUUAACACGAGAUUUUCGUUUUACUUGUCUCUUUUUAUUUGAAGAAUCUUAAAAAAAAAUGGUGAAGUCUCUUUGUAAAGAGUUUUUGUUGUAAAUCUCCAACCCUGAGAAAAACCCUUCUUCUUCAGUUGUAAUAAUCCCAACUUUGAGGCUGAUUUUCUUGGAAAUAUUCAGUGUUGGGGAAAAAAUGGAAGCUUUUGAAAAGGAAGCAAAAACAUUCUUUGAGGAUAAGUCUUUAGACCAAGAUGCUAAACCCCUGAGAGAAGGUUCGACAGUUGCAGCUGCUUUUGCAAUUGAAAAAUCAUGGGAAAAUGGUGUUAGGGUUUCUGUAAAUGGAAAGGAAGGUUCUUGUCUUGAUGAAGAUGGUGAGAGACUUGAGGAUUCUGAGAUGAAUGGGGUUUCUUCUUUGUUACAGAUGAAAGGAAGUGUCAGGAAUAUUGAUAUUAAUGGUGGAAGUGAGAGUGUUGAAGGGUUUGGCACUCUUUUAGGUGCUGUUUAUAAAAGUAAAGAAAUUGGUGUUGAAAAUGUAUUGCCAAGUGGUGACGAUGGUGUUUCACUUGAGGAUAUUCAUGUGGAAAUUGAUGGGAAAGAAAGGAGUUGUUUGGAUGAUGAGCAGAAUGGUGGUGGCAUGAUAAUGGUGAAGGUAAAUGAAAUAGAUGAUGAUGGUGGUGUUGAUUUGGGGUUUGAGUUUUCUGCUGGUGAUUUUGUAUGGGGUAAGAUUAGGAGCCAUCCAUGGUGGCCAGGGCAGGUUUAUAAUCCAUCGGAUGCAUCGGAUUAUGCAGUGAAGGUAAGACAGAAAGGAAGACUCCUUGUUGCCUACUUCGGUGAUAGUUCGUUUGCAUGGUGCCUCCCAUCUCAGUUGAAGCCUUUUGAGGAGAAUUUUGAGGAUAUGUCAAAGUUGAGUAACUCUAAGAACUUUCUCAAUGCUGUACAGACAUCUGUUGGUGAAAUUGGCAGACUUGUUGAGUUGAAGAUGACUUGCUCUUGUGUUCCAAAAGAGAAUUGUUCUGGACUUGACAGGCCUCUAGCAGCAAAUGCUGGGAUAAAGAAAGGAGUUCUUGUGCCUGAAGGUGGGAUUGGAAAGCUUUCAAUUGGUCUCUUUAAGCCAGAAGAAAUUCUUGGUAAACUGAAACAAAUUGCACCGGCUGUUUCUACGAGCAAUUUGCUUGAAUGUACAGUGUUGAAGGGCUGGCUUUCGGCUUUUAGUCGAUCGAUACGGCACUGUCCAAUGCCCAUUCACCAUAAACCCCUGUCAAUUCCAGACCCUGAAGAAAAUGUGAGAACUCUCGUGGUGGACAUGAGUGACUAUAAUGAGGCAGUGGCAGUCCCCAUAAUAGGUCCAGUUGAGGAAGAUUGGACUUCUUCAUCAGGUACCAAAUUUGGCCAAUGCAGUCUGAGGUGCCCAGAGAUUUUGGAGGAUGGCAUUUAUCAGAGGAGGAAACAGAAAAGCAUUGCUGAAAUUAUAAAAGGGGAGUUUGAUGUUCUGGCCAGAAAGUAUGAGGAUGUGGCUCAGAAGGGAACAAAUUCAGGUGAACAAGCAUCCUCAUCUUGGGGGAAAAAGAUGAAAGGCAACAACAAAGCUAAUGGUGAUGAUGCCCUUGAUUCAAUUUCCAUACCAAGAAAGAGGAAGGGAACUGAGCUUUCAGGAUCUCUUACAACUAGAAAGGGCAAAAUGUCUAGUGUAGAAACUGAUAUCAGUGGGGCCCAGGAAGAAAUGGAUAAGGGGUAUUCAUCAAGGGGAAGGAAGAUGAAGAGUAAAGGAGCUAGCAAUAAUAAUGAUGGUAGUGGAGGCAAAGAAGAGACCAAAAACCAUCCUGUCUUAGCUAAAAGGAAAGUGAAUGUUGGAUCAGGGGUUGGAAAUAGUGAUGCCAAAACCAAAGACCUUAUUGAGAGUGGUUCUUUGUUGAGAGAAAGGAAGAAGAGCAAGUACUUAUCUCCUCCUUACACAAGUCCAACUGGGAAGCAAAGAAAAAUGGACAUAGAAUCAGAAUCCUUGAAGGUUUCCAAUGGCACCCAAGUAAAAGAGCAGGCUACUGGCAACCUCGUUAUGUCCCCUCCGGUUCUUGGUGUUGAAAGGAAUCAACUCACUGAAGAAGUUCAUGCAGAGCAAGGAGCAUUGGUUGAAACAAAUUUUCAUUCACCAAAACAAGACCUGAACAAGAAGAUUGAUCCGGCAAAAGUUAAAACUCCUGCCAAUGAAGUUUUAAUUGAAGUCCGGUCUGUAGCUCUUAGUCCGCAAUAUCGAAGGAAAAACAACUCUUUUGAAAUUGUUGUGGGGUUUUUAUCUGUAUUCCGAAGCUCUGUGUACCAAAAUGGAUCCAACUAUGAACCAUAUAAUCAGUUUCAACCUCAUAGAAAGAGGAAAUCUCCUGACUCUAUGGCUGGGUCAGUAGGAAAGGACCAAAAUCUCACUGAUCUUGUUCCUGCUGGACAUAGAUCCAAGCAGAAAAAGGUUGGAAAGAAUGAGGAAACAAAGGUGGAUCAAUCCAAUCCCCGGCAAGCUAGCAGGGCAUCACCGAAGAAAACAAGCGAAGAAUCAAAGGCAUACAAUCCUAAAAUCAAGCAAGCUGCCAGGGCUGCAGUUAUGAAAAAAAAUGAUAAGGGAAUUGUUGAAAAUGCUUCACCUGCUGCUCUCUUUGUGACAUUUGGCCCAGGAUCCUCACUGCCUACGAAGGAUGAUCUUAUCGGAAUAUACAGCAUGUAUGGAGCUCUGAACUUGGAGGAUACAGAUAUGUUCUACAAUAAUUUCUGUGCUCGUGUUGUCUUCCUAAGAAGUUCUGACGCUGAACAGGCCUUCAACAGUUCACAAACUGAUAGUCCCUUUGGAGCUUCCAAUGUCAGCUUUCGGCUUCGACUUCUCUCGGCUGCAUCAGCUCAUGAGCACAGGAAAAUACCAAUUGCAAAACCUUCUCCUCUAACCAAGGAGGGAGCCAAAAGAUCAAAGAAGUCGUCAGCUUCCCCAAAUUCAGCUGAUCAGACAUCACAGCUUAACUACAUCAAGCACAAACUCGAGCAGCUCACUUCAAUUCUAGAGAUAUCAGAUGAAAAGAUGUCCUCAGAACUUAAAUCCAAAGUACAAAGUGAGAUAAAAGACCUGUUGGAGAAGGUAACCACAAUGGCUGAGUCUUUAUCUUAAAUCAGGACACAACAAAACACUGGAUGAUUGAGUUCUACACGAUACCCAAUAAUCCUGUUCUUAUAACCGUUUAUCCAUAUUCUGGUUUAUAGAUAUUACUUACUGUUAGGAUUUAUGAAAAGAGGUUUGUCAUUUGCUACUACAUGAGUUAGGAUUUAUAUGAUAUAGGUAAGGUGUUUUAGUUCCAGUUACUGUUUGCAUAUGUUAAAUCACCACAGGCUCUAUCAGCCACUCAUGCAUGUAUAGUGCAAACUGCAGUAGUUGGAUUAUCUUUCUAUGAAAACAAAUUCUGUUACUUUUGAGCAAAUUGGAAUCAAAUUUUUUUAUCAAAUGUUGAUAUCUGUUUUAUAGUUUCUAAGAAAUUCUUAGAUAUAACACUCUCUUCUCACUCUGUUCUUGCAUUUCCACAACUUAUAUAUUCA